AUGAGAGAGGUCACCAUUCUCGUUGAAAACCUUACUGGCUGCGACCUCGAGCUGUCUCGAGUGGUGAGCCAGGAUGGCACUCCCAGAAACCCACCGCCCGAGGUUCUGAGCAGAGCAUGCAAGCUGUCCUGGCUAGGACGGACCAAAGAGGGCCAACGCACUGGCUGCGCCAUGGCCAUUGAGUUCCGGUCGAAGGGCAGCGGGUAUGCUGACACGAGGCCGUCAAGGAAGUCCUUCAUGCUGGCCGUUCAGCUUCCGCGUCCAUCGCAAGGAGUGGUCUCCUGGCUUGGAGCUCUCUCAAGUCCUGGUGGAGACGUGCCGAAGUUCGCAGCACGCUUGCAGGACCUCGCUCCUGGGCAGAGCCCAGGUGAUGUCCGGCAGCUGCUGGAACAGGCACCCCCUCUUCAAAGCCACGGCUCUGCGGCUGGCUGCGAGUGGCUGGUAGUACGGCGUGAAGCGGAGUUUGUCGAUGUUCGCCUCCGUCUGCUUCCCGAAGAUACGGCCGUGCCGGAACAGAGGUCCGAGGAACUUCCACCAGAGCUGACUCAGAAGGAUGAGUUUGGGCUUUCGCCCAAGACACUGCUUGCCCUUCGCCUUGCGCCGCGGAUGCCAGCAAACUCUCUGUCGUUAGAUGUGCCGGCAGACCUCAUCAAGGACCCCAGGUCGUGGACGGUGGAGGACAUUAGCGUUUGGCUGCACUGGCUGGGCAUAGGCGAGCACGUGGAGGCCUUUGCCUCUCGCAACGUGGAUGGACGCCUCCUGCUACAGCUCGGGGCGGACUCUGCUUGGGCCGAGUUAGGUGUCACCGACCCUGCGCAGCAGCGCGUCCUGGACUCUGCUGUGGAGCCACUCAGGUGUUUCCAUCAAGGAAGCGGUCUUGAAUCCGGCCUUGCACUGCACGCGAUUGAGGGCCCUGUGGCCGGCCGUGUUUUUUUGGUGGGCAGCGGCGGGGUCACUGGUGGCCGCCACUGCGCUUCCAACGGAAUCGUGCUCUCAGAGAACUAUGUGUCAAGACGGCAUUUCUUGAUUCUCCGAGACCGCAGCGGGCAGUACCUUCUGCAAGAUGUCGGAAGUACAACUGGCACCUUUCUUAUGGUCCGGGAAGAAUUGCCGUUGGACCAUCAGAUGAUUAUCCAGCUCGGCACCACAGAGCUGACCGUGUACAUUGAAGGGGAUUGCUGCACGCUGCUCGCAACAGAGGGUCCUGACAAGGACAUCAGCGCGAUGGUGCCUCCGCAAGGCCUCGCUAUUGGCAGAGAGGCGGGAAACGGACUUUGCAUCAGAGAUCCUCAGAUCUCUGCAUUCCACUGCAAGGUUCGCCCCGUCCCCGACCAUGGCUUCAUCUUGGAUGAUGAGUACUCUACGAAUCGCACGUGGCUGCGCUUGGCCGCAGAUGGUCAGCCAUCCAGGCGGUAUUUGCUUCGAAUUGGCGACCUCUUCAAAGUGGGAUCUACGCUCUUCCACGUCGUCGAGCCACCGCCCAUGGAAGACGUUCCGGGCGAGGCUUUGCCUUCAGCUUUGGACAGAUUGGAUCACACCCGCUUUCCCACCUCGCCCAGCUCUGCUGAAGAGCCGGAGCUGAGUGAUGAUGCUGAAGUUGCCGUGCCAGCAGCAAUGCCUACGGAGUCUCAGCUUAGAUGGGAGCCCAUGCUGGAGGGUGACGCGAGGCAGUCGCUCUCGCCAGAAGAAUAUGCACGGCGUUUGACAUCUUCGCGACGACGGGUGGCAGAAGGUUCUGCCAGAAGAUCGGCAGGGACCGCCAACGAUCUACAGGGAAGCCAGGACGCCCGAGUCUUCGACAUGCAGGAGAGAGAGCUCUCUUCUUUACAGCAGCGCAUGCGAAACUCGCGCGCGCAGACUGCUUACACGCUGCAGCAGCAGCGGCAAGGAGAAGAAGGGAAGAGGGAUGAGCAGCGAGACGAAGACCUUUGCAAAAUCUGCUACGAUGCAGUCAUCGAUGUGGUGCUCUAUCCAUGUGGCCACUAUAUGCUGUGCAGAUGGUGCGCGCAGAUGGUUUCAGACUGCCCCGUUUGCAGAUAUGUCAUCACAGAUGUCAUUCGCACUUACAAGGCCUGA